AUGCCUCCUAGACCAGAAACACGUAGUCCUGCGGGCAACGAAGAAACCUCUACCAUAGAUCGCAUGGUGCAGAUGAUGGAAAGAAUGGCUGAGUUCAUGAUGGCUCAGCAGGCUCCAGACCAAAAUCAAGUUCAACCCCGAGUAGAUUAUGCUAAAGCAAUAGCCAGCAGACACCCUCCGACCUAUGCCGGAGAAGAAGAUCCCGUGGUUCUGGAAGAGUGGAUCAGAACAUUUGACAAGUUGUUGGACGCAGUAAACUGCCCUGCGGAUCAGAGAAUAUCCUCGGCUGUGUACUACCUCACAAAGGCUGCGGACAAUUGGUGGACUACAACUGGGCCUGAUCUUUUGCAAGAACCAGACUUCGACUGGGAAGACUUCAAAACAACAUUGAGGGCUCAGUUUUACACUGAAAGAAUUCGAGGAAUUAAAUGCGAAGAAUUUCUAAGGCUGAGACAGAAAGGGGCAAGUAUUCAGGAGUACUAUGCAAAGUACAUAGAACUGCUAAGAUUCGCCCAGGAUAUCGUGCCGGAUGACGUGAGUAAGGCCAGAAGAUUCGUGCGCGGCAUGGACUGGGAUAACCGAAGAGCCCUUGCACCGUUUAUGUGUUCGACCCUGAAAGAGGCAUAUGAACGGGCGUCGGACCAUUAUCAAGUGCACCUGGAUCAGCAGGAGGUGUACGGCCGAAACAAGAGAAAGGCCGAGGUGCAGCAGGGGAAAUCGAAACUUGAAGGCAAGAAACCAAACUUUGGAGAAGCCAGUAGCAGGCAAGGAGAAAGAAAGGGGGAAGUAAUCCAAGUAAGGGGUUACCCAUGUCCACGGUGUGGGAGGAUCCACCCUGGUGAAAACUGUCGAGGGGAGAAACUUACAUGCUUCCAGUGCGGCCGAGUGGGGCACACACAAAGGAACUGCCCUAUUCAACUACGGCGCUAUCUGAAUCCACCCCUGAAUCUGAAUCAAGGGGAAGGGUUUACUGGAGAACCGAGGCAGGGACAAUUUAGCGGUGGAAAUGGCAGAGGGAAUAAUGUCCCACAAGUAAGUCAGGGGAGACCGUCGAGUGUUGCUUCCAAUAUUACCAACAAUAGAGGAAAACAGCCAGUUGGGACCAGCAAUUCAGGAAGCCAGGAGAGAAUUUUCGUUGUCAAUAGCGCCCAGGCUCAAGCAAGCGACACCGUUGCUGGUACCUUCCUAAUAAACUCUGUGCCUGGUUUAGUUCUAUUUGAUACAGGAGACACGAAUUCUUUCAUCUCUUGUAUGUUUGCUGAUAAAUUGGGGUUAAGAUCUGCUACUAGGUUAAACCUUAACGUAAUGACUGCCUCAGGACUAGUAGUAGCUUGUAAGAACAUAUAUGAGAAGGUUUCUAUAGAGAUAGCGGGGGGGUUAACUGUCCCGGGAAUCUUAUUCGGUUUGAGUUGGAAGGUAUAG